GCACAUGCAGAAUUAUGCUAUUAUCACAGGUUCUUGAAUCGACAAAAUAUGGCAUACCUACGAUCGCAAUCAAUGAAGACACUCCGACAGAUCUGUCUCUCUGGGAGUCUAUUCACGCAGGAAAAUUCACUCAUCUCAUUGUUUCACCGGAGCAGCUAUCAAUGUUCAAUGGUCACCUUCCGCGCCUUGCACGACUUCUCCGACAAAAUCGUACCUUCACUCAACACAUUAAGCGUGUACAUAUUGAUGAAGCACAUAAUAUUUAUACCGCAGGGCUUCCGCAUCAUGGUGAAGAAGCAUUUCGACCUGCAUAUGGCAAGCUUGGAGAGCUACGUGUGCUACUUUGCAAGGGAACAACAUUUCAGGAUCUUGACAACAGAUUUCACGUGUUUGUGAGGUGAGAGACGCGACGGAGUUGCUGCGGCAGCCGCAGGGAGACCUGUCGUAAUGUCUAUGAAACCAGAGUCAACAGAUCGAUUAAAGUUCUCAUUGAGAACUGUCGAAGAGACUGGCAUCCUUCAAGUAGCAGGUUGAAUACAUAAAGCAGAAUAAAUAUACAUGAAGUGAUGGAAUGAGUCUGAUAUGAAUGUUAAAACAUUAUUGUGUCGAAC